AUGGCUUUCAAGCCAAAUAGAGAUCUCCUGAAUGUGAACUUUGAAGGCUACAAGUUGUCCCUAUCUCCCAUUACAUGCUUGAGCUGUGCCAUCCAAGGAGAGGUGCAUGCAGCCACUCUAAAGGAGGGUGCCUUCUCCUACCAUCAUGUGAGAGCAUUCUCCCUGCAUAACCACCUCACUCCUGAUCCAUACGAUGAGAGCAGUGUCUACUGGUGCAACAAAGAUGGGAGCAUACAGAGGGGAACCUAUGCGGGGACCACCAGUGCUGAACUGACAGUGAAGCUGGUAUACAGUGGAGAUAGUGUUCCCGAUAUCUGCAACAACCUGUCUCUUGUACUUGUGAGUCCACAGCUGGCGCUGCACUCGUCUGGACGAGAGAUGAGUCUACUGCACACUGGCAGGAGAGAGGAAGGACGCAAGUGGGAGCUGAUCAAGACCUACACACUUUCCGAGAGCUCUUCUGUUUCGAUCACACGAGCGACCAUCACUGAUGACUCAUCAAUACAACUGCUCAUUACCGAGCUGCAGAUUCCGUCCUCAACUACAGCUAGUGAUGAAAGGGUUAAGGAUAAUAUUGUAAAGUGCACAUGGUACAAGAUAAAGUUCAAAUCCUCCAUCGAGACCAUCCAACAUUCAGCAGCUAUAGUACGAGACUCACUCGAAUCCAUCACAGAAAUCACAUCCUUUCACUCUAAAUCUCUUCCACUCUACACAGCGUUUCAAUCCCACCCCACACACAGCACACAAUACCUCCUCUUCAUGAGUGAAACCACACCCACUCUGCCCUCGAAAACCACACCAAAGGAUUGCGACAUCCACCCUUCAGCGAGCCCACCCCCCGCCGAAGACGCAAACGUUGACACACAAUCUCACUUUGGACUCGGUUACAGCACUGACAAGUACGAGUGGUCUCAAACAGACUCUGAAGUGGUAGUGAGGUUUGAAGUACCUAAGGGAGUGACAAAGAGAGAGAUUUACUGCGUAAUAUCUCGGCAGGAGCUUGUUGUCGGGUUGACGGAUGGUACCACGUUCUUGAGGGGGGAGCUCCAUGACAUCAUUGAUACUGAGGGAAGCACUUGGACAAUCGAGAAUGGCACGUUGGAGGUGACACUGGACAAGAGUCAGUGUGGGGUUCAAUGGCCACGCCUCAAGAGAGGAGAAGAAGGUGUGGUCACCAGGCCAGAGGUCAACAGUGAAAGCUCAGGAAAGACGUCUGCCCCACCAGAGGCCAAGAGACCACGUCCCCUUGUGUCAUGUGAGCAAGAGGAAUGUGACACAGCUGAUGAGGAAGCUACACUCUACCUCGUAUCACAGGACGGAGCUCUCGUGAACAAAGCCUCACUGUCAGGACGCCAGCUAGUCUUCACCGCCCCCUCGCAACCAGACCACGCCCACUACUUCAUCACCCGUCACGAUGUGGAUGCCAUUGUCUGGAUUCCAUCGUCCACGACAUUGGAAGAGCCGUCAUGGACACACGUGAACACAUUCAACGCUCUUGGCUACGUGCAAGCUUCCAAGGAAAACAGAAAAUUCACAACUUCUCCUCCUAACCUGAAGUUUGCUGUGAUUACUGACUGUACCAGACACAUCUUUGUGUACAUCCAACCAGAGGAGGGCGUGAUGGGUAACAAGGCACGGGAGUUUGUGUAUACCCUGAGUGAAAAGAUGGAUAUACUCGGACUGACUGCUUCGAAUAGUGGCCUCGUGUUCGUGCUCACUCCUAGGACGCUGUUUGCACUCAAACUGCCUUUAUGAUUUCAUACGCAGCUAAUAGUUGGUGUAUGACUGUAUAACCUUUAUAAUUAUAAUUAUACAAAUCAUUUCAUUUUGUGUAAACAUGUAUUUUGAAUAUAAAUAGUUCUGAAAAAUUAA